AUGACGACUGGGCCUACCGACCUCCAAGAAAAGCUACGCCGCCUCCAUGAAUAUUCCCCCUGUGAUGUAUCGGAUGCGCUUCUGAAGCUGCAGAAAACAAAGCCAGGAGAGGUUCCGAGGGCAGGCCAUCUCGCUGAUAUUUUGCCUAUUGCCCUACUACCAUCAAACGGAGACCCUGGAGAGACUCUACAAAAAGUAAUCGCACCGGCAUGUACCCUGAAGCUGGUGUCGAAGACUGCCACGCCAGAUUCAGAUCCUCCAGUCGAAAAUGCCAUCCCCAAAGGGAGUCACUGGGUAGACCUGACAGAACCUGGAACCAUUGUUGUCAUUGAUCAGCCACAAGGCCAGAAAUGUGCGGCGGUGGGAGGCAUCAUGGCACAGAGGAUGAAGAUUAGAGGGGUGGCCGGUUGCGUCGUCGGCGGCCGUGUCAGAGAUUUGGCAGAGCUGAAGGAUGCUCAGUUGCCGAUAUUUGCCCUGGGCAAAUCCACGGUUGGGAUAGGGGCUGAGGCAACAGCAUAUGCUCGCAACGUCCGCGUAUCCAUAAGCGGCGUCGAUGUUUCCCCGGGCGACAUCGUGUUCUGUGAUCCACUGGAAGGGGUGGUGGUUAUCCCUCAGGACCUGCUCGACGAAACCCUGUCACUGAUGCCGAAGCUUGUUGCCUCUGAUGACAAGGUCAAAGAGGCCGUGCUGGGAGGCAUGACCGUGGGAGAAGCAUUCAGAACUUUCCGCGAGUGA